CGUGCCGGGCCGGGCGCCAACCAUCCCGGCGCGCGCGAUCCCAGGCCUGCUUGGCUCCGGAGCCGCGGUUCCUCGGCUUCCGCACGGUUCCCUCUCGGGGUUCCUGGGGCGUCCUCGUGAGAGCGGCCCGCGUGGGUGACGGCCGCCCGGUGGGCGCGGUCCGGCCUGUGGAGGAAGCCGCCUCAGGAGCGGGGCCCGCGAGCGCGCAGAAAUGAACACAGAAGCAGAACAACAGCUUCUCCAUCAUGCCAGAAAUGGCAACACUGAAGAAGUGAGGAAGCUACUGGAAGCCAUGGAGCGGACUGAAGUGAUUGCGGCCAUCGAUUGUAAGGGAAGAAGUAAGUCUAAUUUGGGCUGGACACCUCUUCAUCUGGCAUGCUAUUUUGGACAUAAGCAAGUGGUCCAGGAUCUGUUGAAGGCUGGUGCGAAAGUGAACGUAUUAAAUGACAUGGGGGACACGCCACUACAUCGAGCUGCCUUCACAGGACGAAAGGAGCUGGUAAUGCUUCUUUUAGAGUACAAUGCUGAUACUACGGUUGUAAAUGGGAGUGGACAGACAGCAAAAGAAGCCACCCAUGACAAAGAAAUCAGAAACAUGCUUGAAGCUGUGGAAAGGACUCAACAAAGAAAGCUUGAAGAAUUGCUUUUAGGAGCAGCAAGAGAGGGCAGGACAGCCCAAGUGUCAGCUCUGCUCAGCAGGCCCAGUCCUCCUGAUGUGAACUGUUCGGAUCAGUUAGGAAACACUCCCCUGCACUGUGCGGCUUACCGGGCCCAUAAACAGUGUGCCUUAAAGCUCCUGAGGAGUGGAGCUGACCCCAACCUGAAGAACAAAAAUGAUCAGAAACCUCUUGACCUUGCCCAUGGUGCUGAAAUGAAGCAUAUUCUUGUUGGUAGUAAGGUCCUCUACAAAGCACUGAAACGGUAUGAAGGUCCUCUCUGGAAGAGUUCAAGAUUUUUUGGCUGGAAGUUAUUCUGGGUAGUGUUAGAACAUGGAGUCCUUUCCUGGUAUAGGAAACAGCCUGAUGCAGUCCGUAAUACUUACCGCCAGGGAUGCAAGCACCUGACUCAAGCAGUGUGCACGGUGAAACCCACAGAUAGCUGCCUCUUCUCUAUCAGGUGCUUUGAUGAUACGGUUCAUGGCUUCAGGGUUCCUAAGAACAGCCUUCAGCAGUCAAGAGAGAAGUGGCUGGAAGCCAUCGAGGAACACUCUGCGUACAGCACUCACUACUGUUCCCAGGACCAGGUGACUGACGAGGAAGAGGAAGAGGAGGUUUCUCCCAUGGACCUGAAGGAGUCUUUAGAGAGAGCACAAACAUGUCAACAGAGACUAGAUAGGGAAAUUUACAACUUUCUCAAAAUGAUUAAGGAGUGUGAUGUGGCCAAAGACAUGCUGCCGUCAUUUCUGCAGAAAGCCGAAGUUGUCUCCGAAGCUUCCAGAGAGACUUGUGUGGCGUUGAGUGACUGCCUCAACCUCUUCACUAAACAAGAAGGGGUGAGGAGUUUUAAAUUGGAACAGGAACAAGAAAAAAACAAAAUAUUGUCCGAAGCACUGGAGACUUUAGCCACCGAACAUCAUGAACUAGAGCGAUCCCUGGUUGAAGGGUCCCCGCCUGUCAGCAUCCUUAGUGAGGACGAGUUCUAUGAUGCACUGUCAGGUUCCGAGUCCGAGGCGUCCCUGACUUGCCUGGAAGCUGUGACAGCACACUCCUUUGAAGAGAACGAAGUGCCCGUGAGCAGUGGGAGACACAGAAUGUCCGAAGGAAAAGAUUGUGGCGGGGGAGACGCGCUCUCCAAUGGCAUCAAAAGACACAGAACAAGCCUGCCUUCACCCAUGUUUUCCAGAAACGACUUCAGCAUCUGGAGCAUCCUCAGAAAAUGCAUUGGGAUGGAACUGUCUAAGAUCACAAUGCCAGUCAUAUUUAAUGAACCUUUGAGCUUCCUGCAACGGCUAACUGAAUAUAUGGAGCACACUUACCUCAUCCACAAAGCCAGUUCAUUUUCCGAUCCUGUGGAGAGGAUGCAGUGUGUAGCUGCAUUUGCUGUCUCUGCUGUUGCUUCUCAGUGGGAGCGGACUGGAAAGCCCUUCAAUCCACUUCUGGGAGAGACUUACGAAUUAGUUCGAGAUGACCUUGGAUUUAGACUCAUCUCAGAACAGGUCAGCCAUCACCCCCCAAUCAGUGCAUUCCAUGCAGAAGGUCUAAACAACGAUUUCAUCUUCCAUGGCUCAAUUUACCCCAAGCUGAAGUUCUGGGGGAAGAGUGUAGAAGCAGAACCUAAAGGAACCAUCACCUUGGAGCUUUUAGAACACAACGAAGCAUACACAUGGACAAACCCCACCUGUUGUGUGCACAACAUCAUCGUGGGUAAACUCUGGAUUGAACAGUACGGCAGUGUGGAGAUCAUAAACCACAAGACUGGGGACAAGUGUGUGUUGAAUUUUAAGCCAUGUGGUCUUUUUGGCAAGGAAUUACACAAAGUUGAAGGCUACAUACAAGAUAAAAGCAAAAAGAAACUCUGUGCUCUCUACGGGAAGUGGACUGAGUGCUUGUACAGCGUGGACCCUGCCACUUUCGACGCUUACAAAAAAAACGAUAAGAAAAACACGGAAGAGAAGAAGAACAGCAAACAGACCAGUUCGUCUGAGGAGUCUGAUGAAAUGCCAGUGCCAGAUUCUGAGAGCGUCUUCAUUAUUCCUGGAAGUGUGCUUCUGUGGAGGAUAGCCCCGAGGCCUCCUAACUCUGCUCAGAUGUAUAAUUUUACCAGCUUUGCAAUGGUUUUGAAUGAAGUAGACAAGGAGAUGGAGAGUGUGAUUCCUAAAACUGACUGUAGACUGCGGCCUGACAUCAGAGCCAUGGAGAAUGGAGAGAUAGAUCAAGCUAGUGAAGAAAAGAAACGGCUUGAGGAAAAACAAAGAGCAGCCCGCAAAAACAGGUCCAAGUCAGAAGAGGACUGGAAGACAAGGUGGUUCCAUCAAGGUCCUAACCCUCACAACGGAGCACAGGACUGGAUUUACUCCGGCAGCUACUGGGACAGAAACUACUUCAAUUUGCCUGAUAUUUAUUAAAGUGCAGAGAAGUCAA